UUCAAAUCAAAAUCGCUUUUCCCCUCUUCACCUCCCUCCUCUGUUCAAAACGCAAAACCCCUCUUCGUUCCAUUCCCCUCCACCUUCUUCUUCUUCCUCCAUUCCCAUUCCAAAACCCUAACCAGAUGGAACACUCCGACGGGAACGGGAGGAACGCGCCGGAUUCAGCGCAGUGCGUCCGCGUCGCCGUCAACAUCCGCCCCCUCAUCACAUCGGAGCUUCUCCUCGGCUGCACCGAUUGCAUCUCCGUCGUUCCCGGCGAACCUCAGGUGGUAAUUGGAUCUCAUACCUUCACAUAUGAUUAUGUUUAUGGUAGUACCGCGUUGCCGUCGAAUUCAGUUUAUGAUGAUUGUGUUGCUCCGCUUGUCGAUGCGCUCUUCAAUGGCUAUAACGCAACUGUUCUUGCUUAUGGCCAGACUGGAUCUGGGAAGACAUACACAAUGGGCACCAAUUACACCGGAGAGGAAAGCGCUAGUGGAAUUAUACCUAGAGUGAUGAAUGGUAUAUUUAAUAGAGUUCGGGCUGUGAAAGAAUCGGCGGAGUUUUUGAUUCGAGUGUCUUUUAUUGAGAUAUUCAAGGAAGAGGUGUUUGAUUUGCUUGAUUCGAAUUCUUCACGGGGAGAUGCGGCUUCUACUGCAAAGCUAGCUAGGGUUCCCAUACAGAUUAGGGAAACAGUGCAUGGGGGAAUAACCCUGGCAGGUGUGACCGAGGCCGAAGUUAAGACCAAAGAAGAAAUGUCAUCUUAUCUCUCUCGUGGUUCGUUAGCUCGUGCCACUGCGAGUACAAACAUGAAUAGUCAAUCAAGUCGUUCACAUGCUAUAUUCACAAUCACGAUGGAGCAAAAGAACGGUGAUGAUGUCUUGUGUGCCAAACUACAUUUAGUGGACCUUGCUGGUUCUGAACGAGCAAAAAGAACUGGUGCCGAUGGCAUGCGCUUAAAAGAAGGCAUUCAUAUCAACAAGGGUUUAUUGGCACUUGGGAAUGUAAUAAGUGCACUGGGAGAUGAAAGAAAGCGAAAAGAAGGAGGCCACGUUCCAUAUCGUGAUAGCAAAUUAACACGUCUACUGCAGGAUUCUCUUGGAGGCAACAGCAAAACGGUGAUGAUAGCAUGUGUUAGCCCUGCUGACACCAAUGCUGAAGAGACACUGAACACUUUAAAGUAUGCCAACCGUGCUCGCAACAUUCAGAAUAAGGCAGUCAUUAACCGGGAUCCAGUGGGAGCUCAGAUACAGAGAAUGCGAAGUCAGAUUGAGCAAUUGCAGGCUGAGCUUCUAUUUUAUAGAGGUGAUGCUGGUGGACCAUUCGAGGAACUCCAGAUUCUUAAACAUAAAGUAUCAUUACUUGAAGCAAGCAAUGCAGAGCUACAGCGGGAGCUUCGAGAACGUAGAGAAAGUUGUCAGAGUUUAAAACAACGUGCUUGUGAUGCUCAGGUUGAAAAGGACCAACUGAUGAUGAAAAUAGAAGCAAUUCGAAAUGGUAAAUCUUGGGAAGAGAUUGACUCAAACUCAAAUCAGGAUUAUGACUUGGUUAAAUCUUAUGUGUCAAAGAUACAAGAUCUUGAAGGCGAAUUGCUCCGUGUGAAAAAUUCGAAUGCGAAAAGUAGCAAUUUUAUUGACUGGGCUGAUUCAGAUGAUAGUGGAUUCCAGCCAAGGAAUGGUUUAUUUGCAUGUGACAAUGAGUACCCUUCUGAUUGUGAGGUCAAAUCUGUGGACAUAACAGAUGACGCAGAAGAUCAUGCAAAGGAGAUAGAACACUCUUCUCUUCAAGAAAAGUUGGAUAGGGAGCUCAAAGAAUUGGAUAUGAAACUUGAACAAAAGGAGGCUGAAAUGAAGCAGUUUAAUAGUGCUGAUACUUCAGUUCUCAAGCAUCAUUAUGAAAAGAAACUUCAUGAGGUUGAACAAGAGAAGAAACUUCUGAUGAAAGAAAUUGAAGAACUUAAGUGCAAAAUGGCAAAUAUUUCAUCCACCUCUGGUGAUGGCGCUCAAAGGUUAAAGGAAGAUUAUCUUCAAAAGUUAAAUGCUCUUGAAGCACAGGUUUCUGCGCUGAAGAAGAAGCAAGAUGCUCAGGCUCAACUGUUAAGACAAAAGCAGAAAAGUGAUGAGGCUGCAAAACGGCUGCAGGAUGACAUCCAGAGAAUUAAAUCUCAAAAGGUUCAACUGCAACAUAAGAUUAAGCAGGAAUCAGAACAAUUUAGGUUAUGGAAGGCUUCACGUGAAAAAGAAGUACUUCAGCUCAAAAAGGAAGGGCGGAGGAAUGAAUACGAGAUGCAUAAGCUGUUAGCGUUAAAUCAGAGGCAAAAGAUGGUAUUGCAAAGGAAGACAGAAGAAGCAGCCAUGGCUGCAAAAAGGCUAAAAGAAGUUUUGGAAUCUCGAAAGGCUUCCUCCCGCGAAACAACUGGUGUGCAUGGUCCUGGAAUUCAGGCUUUGAUGCAGGCAAUAGAGCACGAGCUUGAAGUCACGGUUCGAGUGCAUGAAGUGCGUUCUGCUUACGAGCGUCAAAUGGAAGAGCGGGCUAAAAUGGCAAAGGAGAUCGCCAGGUUAAAGGAAGAAGAUGAGAUGAUGAGGAUAAACAACACAAGUGAUGGCCUGGUAUCAAUGUCUCCUGGUGCGAGAAAUUCAAGGAUUUUUGCCCUUGAAAACAUGCUUGCUACUUCUUCUACCACACUGGUGUCUAUGGCAUCUCACUUGUCAGAGGCAGAAGAGCGGGAACGGGUUUUCAGUGGCAAGGGACGUUGGAACCAAGUCCGAUCCCUUCCUGAUGCCAAGAAUUUGAUGAAUUAUUUGUUCAAUAUAGCAUCUUCCUCCAGGUGUUUAUUGCGAGAGAAGGAAUUCAUCGGCAGAGAGAAGGACAGCGAAAUAAGAGAUCUAAAAGAAAAAGUAGUUAGGCUAAGCUGUUCACUUCGACAGAUGGAAAUGCAGAGAGCUGAACUUAUUCAUCAAUUGAAGUUGCUGAGUGCAAAGAGAUACUCGGAAUCUGGAGGAGAUUGGGGAUCUUCUGACAUAAAUGCUGGAGGGCACAACUAUGACUUGCGGAAGCUGGAGAACCGGCGAUCUAUUUUUUUACUUGAGGAUAUGGAUAUAUCAGAUACAGAAUCAGAUGAUCAUGAUAAUGAUUAUGUACAAGCAACUGAAGAUGAAUGGGAAGAAUCAGGAAAAUUCCACUUUAGAAAAAGAAAAUCUAAAGGUGGACAUUCAGGCAUGGAAAACAAUCAGCCAAAUACCAGUUUGGAACCUGUCAAAGAUAAUAAUACCACAGAAGAAGGACUUGGAGGUGCAUCUGGGGAAAAAACUGCAUCAGAUGUUUGCUGCUCUUGCAGCAAAUCCUCAUCUUGCAAGACAGCAAAAUGCAAGUGCAAAGCUCUGGGCUUCGGUUGUGGGAGUUCUUGUGGUUGCCGAGCAUCCAAGUGUGCCAAUAGAGCACCAAUAUCUGCUGAGUCACAAGAGCCAACACAAUCUGGAUCAGUUGAAGGCACAACCGGGAAUGACUCUAGUAAUGAGGAAGCUGACAAAGAACACAUUCUUGCUACUCAUGGUGCGGAGUUGCUUCAGGGUGCACUGGUUGAGAGGCCUGCCGAGGCUCAAAAUGGUCAGGUCCCUAGAAAAGCUCUCUCUGACAUUGGAAAUACACUGGCCAAAUCAAAUGUCCCGAAGGGUACAAAUCCGAGAAAGAAAUGGCGGAAGUCCACAAUAGUUCUUGUUACAGAUCCGACACCUUCCUUGCAAUCAGACAAAUCUGAAGUUGCCAAGAAAGAGAAUAAUAACAUUAGUGAAGCAAGUGUAUCUAUGAACAUACCACAGAAAAUGCCCUCAUCAAGGUUUGAAAAUGCUUCGGUUGCCCCCAAGGCUGAGAGUAAUUUUAUUGAGACUGAUAUUCCUUUGAAAAUACCACGGGCUAUGCGAAAGCAAGUUCCUUCCAAUGGUGGUGGCCUUCCUUUGGGGGAAAGGAAUAUUAGUAAGCCAGAUGAAUCUGUCAAUAAGAAGGAUCCUGAAGUUCUGGUUCAACCAAAAAGUACACUUGAAAAAGAAAACAGUGGACUUUGAUCUUGCAUUCAUCUCUUGGUUCUUACCCACAAAGGCAAAACCCAGAAUUCAAGACGCAUGCCAUUACCAUAUUCUUAUGGUGUAUAUGUUGAAGAUGGUAUUCUCCUGUAGUCUAUCAAUUAAAUUGAUUUUCAUGUGUCUUCAAUCUUUUGUAGACAAAUAGAUUUAUUGGCGUCCAUUUCUUGGUUAUUUAGACAGUUAUGCAAGCGAUUACGUGCUGGUGAUCUGCAAGCAUCACGGCCUAUCAUUUGAGUGAAAUCAUUAUGUAUCUAACAUCAACAUGCGUUGAAUUUGUCAAUCGGCAAUGUGAAAAUUUGUUUCUUUACCUCAUUA